AUGGGCAAGCUAAGACAAAAGAAGAAGAACAGCAGAAGACGCAUCAAUCCCAUUCAAAGAAAGGGCAUCCAAGCUGGCAUCAACGAAGCCAAUGUCAAUAUGCCAGUGCCAACAAGUGAGCAAGUUGCGCCUGUCGUAGAAAGACUUUCAUCUGAAAACCCUACUGAGCGUGCUUGGGCAGCAGCAUGUAUUUCAAAUCUCAUCCUCGCAAAUGGUAGCACCCGCAAACUUUUGCUGUCCAAAGGCAUUGUGCCCAUUCUGAUCCAAAGAUUAAGCGAUCCUCAGCAAGAAGUUCGAGAUGAAUCAUUGGGCGCCUUGAGAAACAUUGCUUCAGUGGACAAUACAGUAGCAAAAGAAUACUACACUCGAAAUAUUAUGGAACCGCUAUCCGCAUUGCUUCCUCAGAUCACUCGCACGAUUGAUUUGGUAUUGAAAAGAGCACCACUCGAAGACGAAGCAGAUGGAGAUAGAAGAAAGUCGAUUUGGGAUGUCACUGAAAACUUCAUCUACAUUAUCUGGUGUAUAUGCGAGGCAUCUGAUAAAUACAUCAAAGCCAUCAACAGGAUGAACAUUGUAACGUUUUUAUCGUCAUUUCUUUUAUCUGGAGAGCAAUGCCCAACCCGGGUUAUCAUUGCUGCAGGGCAAUGUUUGAAUACGUUGACAGAUGACAACAAGGACCUCUUGAUUGAAUUCCAAAACCACCCCGAGUACACGCAAUCUCUCUUGAACAUCAUCAAUCAUCAAAACGACAACACUCUGAUACAAGUUCUAGCAUGUGCCAUUUUAAUGAAUGUCCGUGAUGUGGUACGUUUAUCAUCCUCGUGGGAUGACGAACAGCAAGAUAUGGGCGAGUUGAACAAGCUAUUGGUUCCUGUGCUUAUCAAAGCAUUAGAUUACGACAUCCAAGAUGCUGCGACGAAUACGAUUUCCGCAGUGCAGAGUGGGAACGUUCAUACACAAGACGAAUCAAACGAGAUUACACCCAAACCAAAACAACCCUUGACGAACGAGGAGAUUUAUGUCCAGGGCGUCGAGGAUAGGUUAUCUAUUACUCAAUUAGCGCUAGAAUUGUUGGCUGAUAUUUGUGUCCAAGAUGACGAUUUAGACGACGGCUUCCAAGAGUCAGAUCAAGUGAUGCAAGACGAUGAAGACAACAUGGAACAGCAGCCUGAUGAAACGGACAACGACAACGAGGACGACAUAGACCCUGCCAUUUUCAACAACUCAAUUCAGGAAGACGAAGCCCUGCAAUCGAACCCUGUUUUGCAUGCUUACAUACAUCAAAUUUUCCCACAACUGAUCCGUCUUGCCACUGCUACUCCGAUUUCGUAUCAUCAAACAAACCUUUGUCCGAUUGUAUCACAUCAUUUGGUAAUAACACAUCAGCGUUCGUUGGAAUGUCUCAAUAAUUUCUUAUUGGCCAUGCACGAUAUUGGUAACAAAUACUGGUUUAAGCACUACAGACAAGACGCUGUUCAGCUGUGGCGAUGGUUGUUUGACAUUGCCAAUAGCGUGGCCGCUGCCAACACGGUGGAAUGGGCGAGAAAUGCCAUUUUGGAGGUGGUAAUUGGUUGUCUAUGGGCAUUAGGUCGAGGUAUUAUUCAGGAUAUCCCGUUGGAUCACAUGGAUGUGGGAGCCUUGUGUGGGACCUAUGAAAUGAUCCCACUGGAAACCAUGCGAGUAAAAAUAGUCGGCUGUUUGGGUCCAAUUGCGAUGCGAACAGGAGCUGUAGAGACGAAUAAGACAAUUGGUGUAUUUAUCAUGAAGCUGCUCGAAUCCAAGGCGACAGAGGCCAGCGUCGUGGUGGAAGCAUUGAACCUCAUAUUUGAUGUGUACAGCGAUUGCGCAUUUGAUUAUGAUUUCCCUGUGUUUGUUCAGGGCGGAUUCUUAAAUGGAUUGAAACAGGUGGUUCCUCGAGUUCGUUCCAUGGUGAAAUCCAUUGAUCGAAGAAAGAAUUUCGACUUGAGAAUGCGGGCAGAUGAAGCACUUGAUAAUCUGAAUGCGUUUAUAAAGUACAAGAGAAUAGAGAAUAAUAAAAAAAAGUAG